UAUAAAAUAAAUUCAUAUAAGUUAUACUCAUACACGCAAUGUUGUAUAGUUGAUUUUAUAAAUGUAAUAAUAUUAUGUUAAUUUCAUUCUAACUAAUUUAUAUUUCAUAGAUAUUAAAAUUAAGUGUUAAGUACUCUGAGUGCUUGUAUUAAAUUAUAUCAAAUUGUAUUUGAAGUGAAGUUUUUUUACACGUUCAUUUUUUCUAUUUUUCUAUUUCAUUUUCUAUUUUAAAUUUAAAAAUAAAUUGUUGAACAACAGCAUGUGAAUUAUAAAUAAAAAUAUUUUAAAGUAACAGCAGUCCGCUUGAAAGGCAGAACUAGAGUUCUGGUAUAGUUUAGGAACAAUUUCGAAUCACAGGUCGUCCUACAGGAAUAAUUAGCGCCUUGCUGCAAACAAUGACCUCGCGCUUUAGAGUCGUAUUGAUUGCGUUUUACGUAUGUCAAGCACUACAACCGCAGCGAAACCAGUGGAAGUCGGUAGGAGCAGCGAACAUUCUUGCGGUGCAUACGAUCCACAGCAACAGCCAUUGGAACCUAAUGCGGGGAGUUCUGAGGGCGCUGACCGACCGCGGCCACACCGUGACAGUGUUUACACCGAUCGUGGAUGGUGACCGGGACGGUUACACGGAAGUGGACAUUUCCGGUGACUCAGAGGUGAGGGUCGGGUUGAACGCAUCACAGGUGACAAGUUGUCAGUCCACGCAAACGAUUAUGACUCACAUUGCUAGCUCGUCACGAAUUAACUGCGAUAUAAUAUUCGACCACCCAAGAAUGCGAGAAAUCUUGGACGACCACCAGCCGCGGAUAUUCGACGCGGUGGUCGCCGAGGUGCUCGAGUUGGAUUGCGUGUCGUACGCGGCGACCGUUCUACGUGUACCCUCCAUAUACGUUGUCCCGCCACCCAUCGUCACGUAUACGGAGCGUUCGUUUUUCGGGCACGUCCCCAACCCAGCGACUGUCUCUAACUUGUUGUUCUGGCGCGGAGUUCCAAAAACGUUUGUCGACCGUUUUUCCAACACUCUGCAAACGGUUUGCGGUUCAUGGUUGUUGUGGAGCGAAGAACAAAGGCUCCGGAAAUCGGACCCGCGACCAUUCGACGCCGUAGAACCGACGAGACCGUCGUUGAUUUUCACCAACACGCAUUUCAUCACCGAACCUUCCAGGCCACUGCCUCCAGACGUUGUGCAAAUUGGUGGCAUACAUCUGACCCCGCCAGGAUCGAUACCGAAGGAUAUUUUAGAAUUUAUUGACGAUGCUCCACAUGGCGUGAUUUACUUCACGUUUGGUUCAUUGGUUUCAAUGUCGUCGUUACCGGAAAAGGUUCUGAUCGCAUUUCGAGAAUCAUUUUCUCAAAUUCCACAGAAGGUGCUGUGGAAAUACGAAGGCGAUAUGAAAGACAAACCGAAGAAUGUGAUGACGCGUAAAUGGUUUCCACAACGCGACAUACUUUUGCACCCCAAUGUAAAAAUGUUUAUCAGUCAUGGUGGAAUAUCGGGAGUGUACGAAACUGUGGACGCAGGUGUCCCUGUACUUGGAUUUCCGUUUUUCUACGAUCAACCGAGAAAUAUUGGCAAUCUAGUUGACGCCGGAAUGGCGAUUUCUAUGGACCUUUAUUCUGUAACUAAAGACAUGUUAUUAGACGCAAUUUUACAAAUUAUCAACGAUGAGAAGUAUCGGAAAAACGCUAAAAUCGCUUCUGAACGGUUUAAAGACCGACCCAUGUCACCUGCGGACUCAGUAGUUUACUGGACUGAGUACGUCUUACGUCAUAACGGCGCGCCACAUUUAAAAUCUUAUGCUCUAAAUCUGACGUGGUAUCAGUAUUUUUUGGUUGACGUAAUUAGCACAAUUUUUUUCAUUGCGUUUAUCGUUUUGUUAAUAAUUUAUUAUUGCUUAAAAAUUAUUUAUAAAUAUAAAAGCAAAUAGUAAAGCAAAA